AUGAACUCGAAGAACCCCAAGAAGUGCCCCCAGUAUAAGAAGAGUAAAGACAAGGCCCAGGAAAAAUUUGCCAGGAAGUUUCCGUACAGGUUCUCUUGGCUGACAGAACCUACUGCAGAGUUCCUGAAGCCCUGGGAGGUCACGAAGAUGACCACCUCACUGAGGGAUCAGCUGCCCCUGCAGAAGACGUUGGUGCCAACGAGAUCCAUUCCAGUCAGAGGGCUUGGGGCCCCAGAUUUUACUUCACUGUCCUGCCUGAGCCCUCCGCCGCCACCGCCUCUACUGAGCCAACUUUGGGAACUCAAGCUAAACCCACGCCAUGUGAAUAAACUUCACAGGUUCAAAACCUAUUUCCGUUUGGACUGA